AUGUGGAGAUCGAGCAGGACUUUCCAUCCAAACGAUCAUCAAGAUAAAGAAUCUUCUGUUGCUAAAGAAUUUGGACUAAAUGAUAGUACUGGAAAGGAUGCUGACUUGCUAAUUUCACCUAAACUUGCACAUGGGUUAAAAGAUUCCAAACUAAAUAAUCAUACAUCUCAGAAGUACGUGGGUGUCAGAGUAAGGUUACCAGUGAAAGAAAUGCUGAAUAAAAUAAGAUCAGCAAAGAAUGGAUAUUCUAAUGUCUCCAAGGUUUUGGAUUCCGAAUCCAGAAGACAAUCCAAGGUCAGAAAAGGAAAAAUGAGAUAUAUGUACUCAGCAAGAAGACCAAGGCAGAAGGAAUUUGAUUCUCCAAAACUGAGAGAAACAAUGGAUGAACUUUUAGAAGUACUUGACAAUAAAUUGCUCCAGUCUCCCGAAACUUCUUUGGCUGCACAUCCUACCGAUAACCUAUGUCUGCCAUGCAAUAUGGAUAAUGAAAAUUCACAUACUACCUUUGAGGAGCAAUCUCACCAACAUAAUAAAUCGAGCUACGAUAGUUUUUUUGACCAUCAUAACAAAUGUCAUCUUGCGGAGCUCCAAUCGUUAUCACAUGAAUUUUCUCAGUUGAACUCUGAAGAAACAUUUAAUUUCAACAAUAACAUUGGAACUUAUAACAUCAACUUGAAUAGCACAGCAGGAAGUGUCAGCUGCUCAACAAAAUAUACAGUCAAAAGUCACCAAUGUCGGGUUGAAAAUCCACCCAUGAUUCAUGGCUGUUGUGAAAACCUUAAUAUGGUAACCAUUAGACAACAGAAGCAGACUUCUUUCUCAUUUUUCGAGUUUCAAAUUAUGCAUGAAGAAGAAAAACUCUGUAACCCUUCCGUCGAUAAAGGAAUUACAACACUGGAUGAAGAUGAAAACAGGUUGCUAUUUUCUGCUAUCAGUGAUGGAAAAAGAGCUCGAGCCUAUGUUCUUGCAAGAAGACUUACAAUGUGUAAUAAAAUCAAUGUGAAAGAUUCGAAUAAAAGGACUGCAUUACAUGUGGCAGCUGAAAAGAAUCAGCAUUUGAUCUUUCAAGAUCUCUUGGGAUUUGGAGCCAACAUCAAUGAGCGUGACAGCAACGGAAAAGCACCACUUCACAUAUGCGCAUCGUACGGACAUGUCAACGUCAUGGAGGUUUUGAAAAAUACCAAGGAGACGGGGCAAGAUCUACAAGUAGAGGCUUUUGACAGCAGUGGAUUGACACCUCUGCACUAUGCUGUCUUGGCUCAUAAUUUUACAGUUAAGGAAUAUGAAAACAGACACCUUAAAAAUGAUGUGAAGAAAUGUCUUCAUUACAGGAAGGGGGGAUUGCUGCAAGGUGUGAAAUGUUUACUGCAAAUGGGAGCAGAUCCAUUAACCAGGGAGCUUAAGACUGGUCAAACGUCCAUACAGUUAGCCCACUCCGAGGAUAACAAAGAAAUGGUUUCUUUCUUUAGCAACCUCUAUCCUAACAUGAAAGAAAUGUUGAAUGAGAAGCAUACAUUGUAUUCAGUGUUUGAAACGAUGGUGGAAGAAUAUUGUAUUCAACAACACGUUGUGCCAUCCCUUUAAGUAUCUGG